UGGAAACUACUAAGCAAUGUUUUUCUUGAAUGAAUCUGGAUGAAAUUUUGAAAUAUUUUACUAAAAUCUCAUGAAGAUCGCUGAAGAUAUCGUGGGUUAAUUCAGUUAAUAUCUUGAGAGAGACCUCAGUGUUCAUUUGAAGUCGAAUAAUGAAGAAGACGGCCGGUAAAGGAGUCAGAACCGACAAGAAGUUAUCAACAGCUGCUCCCAAUCAAAAUGUCAAGCCUGCUUCAAAGGGUGUCUCCAAGGCAAAGAAAAAGGAGGAAGAAGACUCAACCCAAACAGGUGAUGAGUUUGAUGAAUGGACGCAGCCAAAGCAGCUGAUAAAACCAAGUGACCAGUUGGAACUGACCGAGACUGAGCUAAAAGAGGAAUUCACAAGAAUUUUAACAGCGAACAAUCCUCAUGCCCCAAGUAACAUUGUCCGAUUCAGUCACAAGGACAAAUUAUUCAAGCCUCUCUCAAGCGUUGAUCAACUGGCCAUUCAUUUUUCAAUGGAUGGCAACAUGCUGCAUAAAGAUUCAGACGAGGCAAAGAGACAGUUGACAAAACAGGGAAUUGCUGUAGGAUCAGACAGUGAAGAGGAGGAUGAAAAUGAUGAAGAUGGUACCGAAAUUGAGGUGGAAGGAAAGGAGGCUGAGAAAACAGAGGUGCCUACAGCACCUCAAACUGAGAAGAAACUAACGAAUCAGUUCAACUACUGUGAAAGAGCCUCACAAACUUACAAUAACCCAUACAGGGAACGGGAGACUCAGACGGAACCGCCACCUAGAGCGAAUUUCUCUGCAACGGCUAAUCAGUGGGAAAUCUACGAUGCGUAUGUCGAAGAUCUUCGAAGACAGGAGAAGAACAAAGAGAAAGAGACGAAGAAAACGAGCAAGAAGGACGAUGACAAGAAAAAGAAGAUGAAUCAAAUGGAGAGUCAGGGUGACGAUGUGACCAGGAUUUCCAGGCCUGCCAAGAUCGUUGAACGCAUGGUCAAUCAGAAUACCUACGACGAAUAUGCUCAAGACUUCAAAUAUUGGCAAGACGCUUCAGACGAGUAUAAAGAACAAGAAGGCAGCUUGCUGCCGUUGUGGAAGUUUUCGUACGAGAAGUCAAAAAGACUGGCAGUGACUGCCCUUUGCUGGAAUCAUAAAUACCAUGAUCUGUUUGUCGUUGGCCACGGAUCUUAUGACUUUCUCAAGCAAACCAGGGGGAUGAUAUGUUUCUACAGCUUGAAAAACCCGUCAUAUCCUGAAUACAUCUUUCAAACAGAAAGUGGCGUGAUGUGCUUGGAUGUUCACCCUGAACACUCUAAUCUUGUUGCCGUUGGAUUUUACGAUGGUAGUGUAGCCGUGUAUUCAGCAUGCGAUAAGCAAGCCAAGCCUCUGUAUUGUUCAACAGCAAAAACAGGAAAACACACUGACCCUGUCUGGGAGGUGAGAUGGCAGAAAGAUGAUCUUGAUAAUAACCUGAAUUUCUUCUCAGUUUCUUCCGACGGACGAAUUGUUCAAUGGACCAUUGUCAAGAGUGAGCUGCAUUAUACAGAUAUCAUUACAUUGAAGAUGAAUACAAGUCAAUCCAGUGAAGGCGAUGGCUCGAAACUUGAAAGUUUAGGUUGUGGAACGGCAUUUGAUUUCCACAAGACAACGGAUUAUCUUUUCCUAGUUGGUACGGAAGAGGGAAAGAUUCAUAAAUGUUCCAAAGCUUACUCAAGUCAGUUCCUAACCACGUUUCAGGCUCACCACAUGGCGGUUUAUGCGGUCAAAUGGAAUCACUUCCACCCCAAAACAUUCAUCUCGUGCAGCGCGGAUUGGACGGUCAAAGUCUGGGAUCAUACCUACAACGAGCCAAUGUUUACAUUUGAUCUCAAUAAUUCUGUUGGUGAUGUUGCCUGGGCUCCGUAUGCCUCUACAGUAUUUGCUGCGGUCACAGCCGAUGGCAAGGUUCAUGUAUAUGAUCUUGUUGUUAACAAAUAUGAACCGAUCUGCGAACAAUCUAUUGUUGCAAAGAAGAAGACCAAAUUGACUCAUCUGUCAUUCAAUCCUAUCCACCCGUUAGUUAUUGCAGGAGAUGACAGAGGCUAUGUUUCAUCUUUGAAGCUUUCACCAAACCUGAGGAAGGCCACGGCCCCGAAGGAAAAAGCAAAGGGUUCAGAGAAUGAAAUUGCCAAAAUGGACAAGUUGCUCAGUCUUGUUCGCGAGCCUUCGGACAAAAAAUGAAAACACUGCUUUUUUUAUUGAUCACCUCGGUGUAUUUAUUGCGACCAAUCUUUCCAACUAUAACAAAAUAUCACCAGGACAAAUGCAGUUCUUUGGUAAUGGACUUUGUUAUUCGUGACACGUUGUCAAUGUUGAUGUUAUAAUAUUGUAUAUAUUUGAAAAAAUUCAUCGUUUUCGAGUUUUUUCACGUCAUGUAUGGAAUAGAAUGAAUGAGGCUUUGGUGAAAAUACUGCCUCGGCAUUACAAUUUAAAAGUUUGUCGAUUUCCCGCGCUCAAGACGAAAUUGGCGGGAAAAUUUGGCAACAAGAAACAAGUGCGAAAAAAAUAUGGAAAACCUCAGGUAAUUGUUGGAAUGAUCGCUAACAUCGUUACCUUGUGUGAAAAGCAAUGGAAUGGAUGAUUUUAAUAUAGCCCUUGACUUGACACUUCAGAAAUGUAAACAAGAUGGCGCUACACAGAGGUGGCGAACACAGAUACUGACAGAUUACACGUAAAUAUAACUAGUGAAUGUAUAUUUGGCGAGUUUUUUCCUUUUUUCACUGGUUUACUCAUGGCUCAUUAUGAUGUCAUAAGCACUGUCUAUUGCGUCAUUGCCCGUCUCAGGAAGUAAAUUAGCUUCUGACCCAAUGUUCUGAUCAAAGUUCGAUAAACAAAACAAAAUGAGAACUUGUAAAUUGUAACAUUUUUAUAACCAGACAUUUUUAGAUGUACAUUCUUGUCAUGGCCAACUGAAAUCAAUUAUUUCAUUUACUAAAAUAAUAUUUGGCAAAGGCACGUUUUAUUGAACUAUCAUAUUCUUCGUAUU